AUGGCUGGUCUGGACGCGCUGUUCCUCGAGGAUGUCGACCUGGAUGGGCCUCUGAGGGCCUCUGCGGCGGGCAGCUCCACGCCUCGCAGCCGAGGCGACUCGGCAGUCGCAAACCAGCAGGAUGCACACCCUCCUGCGUUUAACAAGGUUGCCUUCCUGCACUGUUUGACGCCCCCCAGCUUGCGCAGCAGUUCCUGGAGUGAGGGGGUCGAGGGGCAAGAUGACAGUUCAUUGUGCUCCAAAGUGCUGCGGAAGGCCUCUAGUAAUCUCUCUCUGUAUCGAACUAGCGAUGGCAAGGAAAGCGCGCUGGGCUCCAGCCAGUCUCCUGGCCCCAGGGGCCCGGCUUCUGGAGAACCGCCGUGUCAUGGCGUGGAAACGUCAUGCCCAUUCACUGCACGAGACCACUUCGCUGGGUUUCUCACGUUCCUCAUUUGUGGAGUUUGCUCGCUGUCUUGCUGGCAAUUUCUCCUCUCCAUGACGCCGUACAUUGAAAUGACUUUCUUCGAUUCGACACCGAUUGGAAACUCGCUCCUGGGUGUCUACCAGAUCGGCUGCAUUUGUGUACAGUUAGUCCUCAUGUUCAUCGUGGACAGCAUGCAGCCGUGGAUUGUUAUUGCGGCAGCCAUAGUCGACGCUGGCCUCGCGGUCCUCUUUCCCCUCGUUGUCACUGUGGCUCCAAACAGUUCCAAAGCUGCUCUCAUGCACGUUGUGUCGCUGCUCUUUGGAGUCAGUGCCGGGGUCAUCUGCGGGGGCAGCAUCCCCGUCGCCAGCGCCAUGCCGUACAACUUCAUUGGGUCUUUCUCAAUGGGCCAAGGUGUCGCGGGGAUUCUCAGCUUCGGUGUGAAUCUCAUCUUCUCCACGUACCUCUUCGACCUCGGGACCACGGCGGGCGUGUCCUCGAUGCUCUGGCUGGUGUUUGGCAUCUCAGCAGUUAUCUCCUGCAUUUCCGCGGGGCUCCUGUUCUUCGCAGUACGACAGCCGUGGGCUGCUCGGCAGCUCGCUCGGUACUGGGAGGCGAAACGCGGCCGCAGGCAAGGCAGUCGGUGGGCCGAGAUCCAGCGUCGAUGGAGAUGUCCAGCAGUCGAGAGAGAGCUCCCCGUCAUUCGAAACGAGGCAUUCGUGCACGAUCAAGGAGACCAGAAGGGGCCAACUGACCCGGAGAAGAAACGGAACUCGCCACGCCAAAGCGAGAAGAAAUCGACGACGCUGGACUGUGAUGUGGAUCUGUCUGGGCACGCGACGCAGAGAAGGGAAGGUGCAUGUAGCGUCGCUGUUUCUUUCCCUGCAUCUGAGGUCGAGUUCGCAUCCACAGCCUCCAAAGCACAGAGAGAGGAAUCGGAAGUGGCAGAGGAAAAGUGUCCCGGGACGCCGUCUUUUGUGGUCGGGAAAGGGAAGCAUGUCGGCUGUUCGAGGGUUGCCGGCAGCAACGCGCAGUCGGAAGAAUCAAGACGCGGGUCCGCACCUGCACAGGCCUUUUCUCCAGGGAUCGACAACGAAUUGUCCGUCGGAAGCCGCGAAGGCACAGAGUGCGAAGUCACUCUCGAUGCGAUGAACGAUGAGCGCAACUGGCCAUCGCGAGGAUGGCGGUUUUUCUUGCGAGACUCUGGCGUUUUCCUCUUUUGCGUCUUCUUCAACUUCUUCGUCACUCUCAACCUCUUCCCGCGAGUCGGACCCAUCAUGUGGCACUAUCCUGGUUUCGCUAAGAACGGCCCGCAGUACAUUAUCCUCUUCGGCCUCUUCUCUAUCGGGGAUCUCUGCGGGAAGUCCAUUCCAGAUCUCGCUGCGCUUUUCCCACGCUGGGGUCGGUGGUUUACGAUCUCGGAGAAAAUGCUUCUUCCCGUUGUGUUGAGUCGGACGCUUUUUGCAGUUUUCUUCCUCUUGGGUGCGUAUCUCGUGAACGCGUUUUUCAAUGCUUUCGCUCUCUACGUCAUUCUCAUCUUACUCCUCUCUGUGACUAGCGGCUGGUGUGCGACAGCGUCGAUGAUGUACGCAUGUGCCUCCGUUAAGCGGUUCGAGGAAAAGGAGAUUGUCGGACCGAUGUCGGUCCUGAUGCUUCUCGUAGGGAUCAUGACCGGGGUCUACUCCGCCCUAGCGUACUAG